GCGCGGGUGGACACGUCCCUUUGUGCGCGCCCGAAGCUGCGCUCAGCGUUAAGCAUGAGCGGCUCGGGCGCCGCCGGAGCGGCAGCCGGCCCAGCCCCGCCGGCGCAGGAGGAGGGCAUGACAUGGUGGUACCGCUGGCUGUGCCGCCUGGCGGGAGUGCUAGGGGCCGUGUCCUGUGCGAUCUCUGGACUCUUCAACUGUGUCACUAUCCACCCUCUGAACAUCGCAGCCGGUGUGUGGAUGAUCAUGAACGCCUUCAUCCUGUUGUUGUGUGAGGUUCCCUUCUGCUGCCAGUUUGUGGAGUUUGCAAACACAGUAGCUGAGAAGGUUGACCGGCUGCGCUCUUGGCAGAAGGCUGUCUUCUACUGCGGGAUGGCCAUCGUCCCCAUCGUCAUGAGCCUGACCCUGACUACACUGCUGGGCAACGCCAUCGCCUUUGCCACCGGGGUGCUGUACGGAUUGUCUGCCCUGGGCAAAAAGGGUGAUGCCAUUUCUUACGCCCGGAUUCAGCAGCAGAGGCAGCAGGCAGAUGAGGAGAAGCUGGCUGAGACAUUCGAGGGAGAACUGUGAGAUGAGGCAGGGAGGCCUAUCCCCAUGGCCCACUGCCACUGGGGUCUGUGAAUUCUGGAGAAGGCUGAGUAUCAACUCUGUUAAAUGGCCUGGGAGAGGAGUACCUGCAAGUCUCCAUGCCUCGAGUCUUCCUGUGCCUAUCCUGUUCUCUGGACCUCCUGAGCCUGGAGCUCCAGUCUCACUAGUACUGAAGGCCUGGGUCAUGGGAUAUGGAUGGGAUGAACUCACUCCUGCCAGCCUGUGGUGCAGAUUCUAUGCUGGUGACCCUUUUCAGACCUAAGAGCCACCUCCCCUGAACACAUUGGUCCUCUCCUGGUUAAGAGGCUUCACCCAGGCCUGAGCCUCUUUAGGUUUCAUCCCUUUAGGUCCAAGCUUGCUGGCAUUUAGGGCUUUAGUUCUGCUCGAUGCAUCUGUCCUUGGAGCAGAGGAAGAGUUCAACAGUGUCCUGAGGCCAGCUACUGCCACCAGGAGCAGGAGAGAUGGCUAGUCAUUCGAGAACCCACAGCACUCCCAGGAUGCAGCUUCCUGGCCAGAAGAGCAACCUUUGCAGUGGCCAGAGGGCUGGUGGAAGUCCCCCACUGCUCAGUGCUAGAAAGUGUAUGUGUCUGUCUGUCUGUCUAUCACUCUGUCUGUCUGUGGUGUGAUGUGUGGAUGUGUGUAUUGCUGCUAGCCUGCACUGAGAACCUCCUUGUCAGGGAUGGCAGGUUCCUUAUUAGUAGGGAUUAACCUCAGGUAUUCUUCCCAACUUGCCCCUGGCAGCCUGUAGCCUUCGGAGAGCUGGGCAGAGACCAGACCCACCGCCCACACAGAGCUGGCCCCUUCUCAGGUACCAGAGCACAGAGUUAGUAAGCCUGCAUGGCUGGGACAAGGAGGGCUGCUAUGCUGGCACAUGGCUCCAGGGACAUGCCCUGCUGUCCCCUAACCUUCCUCUGUACUGCUCUCUCCCCACGGUCCUGUGACAUUGGCAUCAGUGGCUGAUUAGAUGGGUCCUUGGCUGAAGACGAUGUGCCUAGUGCUGAGCCCUGCCUUCCUCCUACACUGCGCCUUCAGCUGGACCUGUCAAGCUGUCAAGUUUCUAGGGGAUCUUUAGCUCUUCAGUGCUUGAGGCCAGGAGUAGUGGACAUUCUCUUUGGGAUAGAAGCUCUGAUCUGUGGACUUUGGGGAUAGCAGCAGUUCUCCAGAGAGCCUGGCCAUGCUGAACCCUGGAGUGGCAGAAAUGUCACAGUGUAGCUGGGGUCAUGUGCCUUCAAGGUUCAUCGGAGGCCAUUUUCCUUGAGCCAGGGAUGGGUUUCAAGGGCUCUGUGUAUGUGUGUUUGUAUGAGUCAGGGCCUGUGUUCAACAGUAAGACCUGUCUAUUUCCCAGGAGGAGAAAAGGCCCUACCUACUCCGAUGGUUACUUGGAUAGGCAUGGACUCAGGCCAGUUCUGACCAGCCCUCCUGCCUCUGCAGUAGAAAGCAAAGGCUACAUGUAUAGUGCGUGCGAUUGUACCUCACUAGGGAAUCCAUUUUGUGCUGGGCAGGCAUGGGCUAAGGUAUAAAGGUUGAGGCCCUCAGACAUAGACCAAUAUGGGGUGGUCAGUCACUUAUGUCCUGAGGUUCUUGGCAGGUCCAUGACACAGUGGCCCUGGAGCCCAUUGCUUUGCCUCUGAGCAUGGCCACUGUCCAGCCGAGACUAGGCCCCAUUCUUGUCUGUCUGGGUGUCUCCUGUGGCUCCUUUUGCCACCCACCCCUGGUUUGUUUGAUUGGGUUACAUUUGGAGUAAAGCAAGUUUGUAGUUGGUAUGCACA